AUGGGGCUCGGUGUGCUGGAAGAUCGCUGGCUCGAGCGCGUCCCUGGCACCGUCCUCAUGGACGAGGACGCGCAGCGCAGAGACAGCUUGCCCCUGGACCCCAACCUAAAGUACGACCGCAGCGGGCCGCAUCCGAUCCUCUUGGUCCCGCAGCCCAGCGAUGAUCCGAACGACCCACUCAAUUGGCCCCUCUGGCGACGCGACGUGAUCCUGCUCGUGCUGUCGCUCCUCUCGGUCAUCGCGUCGACGCUGUCGCCGCUGCUCGCCGCCAACACGCUGACGCUGGCCUUCGAGUUCCACCGUACCUUCACCGACAUGGCGCUGCUGACGGGCUACCACCUGCUGGGCGUGGGGCUGGCGGGCUUCCUGUUCGUUCCGUCGGCGCGCAUCUGGGGCAAACGCCACGCCUUCCUGCUCGGCACCGUCGUGCUGAUCUUCAGCAGCGCCUGGGGCGGCGCCGCCGGCCACAACUACGCCUCGCUGCUGUGGGCGCGCAUCUUCCAGGGCGUCGGCCUGGCCCCCUUCGAGGCUCUGGUCAACGCCGUCGUGGGCGACUUGUACUUUGUGCACGAGCGCGGCAAGCGCAUGGCGUUGAGCAACUUGGCGCUUUUCGGCGGCGCCUUCUUCACCCCCGUGAUUGUGGGCAAGAUGACGGAUACGAUGGGCUGGGAGUGGACCUUCUACUUUGUUGCAAUCUUUUCGGGCGUGCUGCUGCCGCCGCUGUUCUUCUUCUGCCCGGAGACGGCGUAUCGACGCGACGAGCGGCUGAAUCUGGAUAUGGGUGAUUAUCAGGGCGGCAAGAGGAGGAGGAGCAGUAGAGCUGGCGAUAGCUUCGAGAACAGCAGAGGCACAGAGAUGGCGGAGGCGAAGGCUGAGGAGGGCGGUGGUGGUGCAAACAGCCAGGAUGGCUCAAUCGUCGGCGAAUGCAAGAGCGAGAUGGAGACACAGGCGCUCCAUACGCGCACGGCGGCGGCCGAAACAACAUCAACAACAGCGCUUCCUCCGCUGCCACCCAAGGACAGCUUUGCAAAGACGCUGCUCCCGUUCAACGGUCGUAAGACUGAUGAGAGCUUCUGGAAGUUGGCGCUGCGGCCGUUCCCGCUGUUCUUGCAACCCGGUAUCCUCUGGUCCUGCCUCAUCCAAGGCACCCUCAUCGGUUGGACCGUCAUGAUCGGUGUUGUCCUCGCUGCUGUCAUGCUGGGUCCGCCGCUUUUCUUCACUGAAGUAGAAACGGGCUACAUGUACACAGGGGCCUUCGUGGGCGCCCUGAUCGGCUUCGCCAUCGCGGGCCUUCUGGCCGACUCGGUGCCGGCGCUCCUCACGCGCCUCAACAACGGCGUCUACGAGCCCGAGUUCCGCAUGGUGCUCGUGAUCCCGCAACUCAUCCUAGGCUGCGCGGGGCUCUACGGCUUCGGCAUCGUCAGCGCCGACAUCCCACGCUACGGCUGGUUCUGGCCCGACUUCUUCUUCGCCCUCGAGGUCGCCGGCAUGGUGCUCGGCGCCGUCGCCAGCGCCCUGUACAUCGUCGACGCCCACCGCGACGUCGCCGUCGAGGCCUUCACCUGCCUGCUCGUCUUCAAGAACAUCUUCUCGUUCGGCCUGACGUUCAAGGGCUACGACUGGAUCGUCAAGGGCGGCGUGCGCGACGUCUUCGUCGCCGUCGGCAGCGUCCAGGUCGCCGUGUGCGCCCUGACGGUGCUGAUGUACGUCUUCGGCAAGUGGAACCGUAGCUUCUUCGCCAGAUACGAUCUGCUGCGGUUGUUGCACCUGUGGUAG